AUGAACCAUUCAACAGUUAGCACCGUUGCCUUAAGUGACGAGAUGUUAAUUACCAUUUUGAUGAAACUUAAUAACGUUGAUGUAUUAUUUUCUCUCAUAGGUGUUAAUAAAAAGCUCGAUCGAUUAUCUCGAGAUAUUACCUUUACACAAUCUAUUGAUUUCGUGACAAUAUUAUCAAAUAAAAAGAGAAAGUCAAUACUGGAUCGAUUCUGUUUUGAUAUAAUACCUCGAAUUCAACACAAUAUUGAAUCACUGACUCUUGAUCGAUUAUCAAUUGAUCGUGUUCUUCGCAUUGGAAAUUAUCCUAAACUAUGGAGACUUACUCUUGUUAAUCUUCCACUUAAGAUGGCAUAUGAUAUUUUCAAUGAUAAUUUUGGAUAUUCGCCAUUGUCACUUAUUAAUUUAUCAUCUACAACGUUUUAUUUAUCAAGUAUUGGUUAUUUGAAUGUUACGGUACGGCAUUUUAACGACUGUCUUUGCCUACUUGAUGAACGUUUCACUCAUUUACACACAGUUAUUGUAAAAGUUGAAAUUAUCAAGAAUUCGUCAAAUGCAAUAAAUAAUAAGGUAACAUAUUUUCAAUCACGGACAACAAAUUCAAUUCGAUUUAUAAGAGAACGAUAA